AUGGGUGGCUCAAUAUCCAAGAUGAUGAAGCAAAUCUUUGGCACCAAGGAAAUGCGCAUUCUCAUGCUGGGCCUUGAUGCCGCUGGCAAGACCACCAUCCUGUACAAACUCAAGCUUGACAAGGACGUCACCACCAUCCCCACCGUCGGCUUCAAUGUCGAGACCGUCAUGUACAAGAAGACGCGCUUCAACGUCUGGGACGUUGGUGGACAGGACAAGAUUAGGCCCCUCUGGCGCCACUACUUCAGCGGCACCCAAGGUCUCAUCUUCGUCGUCGACAGCAGCGACCGUGACCGUAUCGAGGAGGCCCGCACUGAGUUGAGCCGUAUCAUUACGGACCGCGAAAUGAAGGAUGCGCGCCUCCUCAUUUUCGCCAACAAGCAGGAUGUUGGCUCCGCCAUGCGCCCCGACGAGGUCAAGGACAAGCUGCAGCUGGACAAGAUUGCGCGCGAGCACAAGUGGAAGAUUGAGCCCUCUUGCGCGACGACGGGCGAGGGCAUUUUCGAGGGCUUGGCUUGGUUGAGCGAGCAGAUCAACGCGCAGCCCAACUGA